CCCUCUUUGUUAAGGGUGUCUCAAUCUGUCUGUGCUUUCAGUGCCAAGCCUGCUUUCAUAAGAGGUACUCUCUUACACACUCACCCAGGACCCAACAAGCAGUCCAAUACAUACACACACUGUGUGCGUGAGCCGCUAUAAGACACAGCCAGAAGCAGCUGCAGGUCCCUCAUAGAUCAACACAGCUCUCAGGAUGGACGUUCUAAAGAAGGGAUUCUCCAUUGCCAAGGAGGGAGUGGUGGCAGCAGCUGAGAAGACCAAGGCAGGGGUGGAGGAGGCGGCUGCCAAAACCAAGGAGGGGGUCAUGUAUGUCGGUACAAAGACAAAGGAAGGUGUGGUUUCCAGUGUAAACACAGUUGCCCAGAAGACGAAUGAACAGGCGAAUCUUAUGGGUGAAGCCGCAGUAGCUGGAGCCAAUGAGGUCUCAGAGAAGGCAGUGGAGGGUCUGGAAUCUGUAGUGGCAUCUACUGGAAUAAUCAACCCGGAUGAACAGCUGAUUAUGGAGGCUCAACCAUCCCAAACUGAAGGAGCAGCAGAGCCAGCUGCAGACGCAGGACAAUAGGCUUGUUAUCUCUAGGACUGGUGGCUUUGUGACUUGGGUGGCAAGUCUUUUAGGUGUUCAAGAGGAUAGUAAGAGAAAAGUUCAUGUUAACUGCAGUCAGUUCCCUACUGUUACUUGUGUUUCGGUCCCUCCAAUAGCAAAGCUUUGUAGUGUGUCAAAAACACUUCCCAAAUAGGGUUGGUAAAUAAAUGGCUGAAGCUGAAUUGAAAAAGACAUAGUACUAUAAUACCUGAAUGCCUUUCAUCUAAUGGAAAUCAAGACAUAAUCUCUCAGUCUCACUGUCAGUUUUGUAAGUCUUGUAAACUUCAUUCCAGUUUCAUUAGUCACGUAGAAGGUGUUUUUUAUAUCUAGGCCUCCAAACGAUUUUGUCGACUCCAUCCACGUUUAACACUGUUCCUUCAUUUUGUCUUUCAUGAAGGCUUGUUCUGGACUUUCACUAAGCACACACAGACCUACACUGUUCUCUCUCCUCAAUUAGCCUUAUUACAAUCCGCUUAUGCUUAGGGUUCUAUAACAUACAAAUAGAAAUAUAGAAAUAUAUGUAUACAUCAUAUAGUUUGCUCUCAAGAUAGAUUGCAUAUGUGCUGUACUUGUAUCAGCUUUAAGAAAUCCUGAAACCAUGUGUCUUACUAACCCUUUGCACUAGUGCCUAAUACCUCAGAAAUCAAGAUCAGCUAUUAGGUUUUUAGUAGAGUGGAAGUUAUAAAUCUGCUGUGUUGGAAAUAAACGAACAUCCUCACAGGUUUCAGUGAAUUUCUUAGUGGCAAUGAAAGCAUAAAGCAUAAAGACUUGAUGACAAUUAUGAUGGAGAAGGUUAAUGACAUAAUGAUAAGCUCAACAACGGUUAACUUUCCAAGAACAAGUAAUGCUAUGAAGCUGAAGUGACAACAAUCUGAACAUGAAUUACUAGUAGACCUGCUUUGGCAACCCUUUUCCUUCUGUAAAGCUGCUUUAUGACAAUGUCCAGUGUUAUAAACACUAUACAAAUAUAAGGGAUUUGAAAAUUGAAUAAAUUGUGGAAACAGAAAUGAGAAGCAUUGUUUUGCAGAAGCUAUGCAUGUUGCCUUAAACACAACUCACUAACUGAUUAAAACUGUGGCACACCAUCAAUUGAUCCUUUUUUUUUUUUUUUCUUAAUGAAUUCAGCACCUGAAAUAAACAAACUAAAAUGC